AGAACGCGUCCUGCUCUGUCACAUGACCAGAGGCCAGCUGAUCGUCACCGGACGAGGAGCACUAGGACAAGAUCACGACCAUCAGCUCGAUCUGUGCAUUUAAUCCUACACAUAAACAUCUUCUUUUUCAUGCACAUUGCGCUUAAUUUAUUACAGUAGAAGAACACAUUAGAUUUCAGUGACAAUCCUCUCUCACGGAAGUAACAAGGACUCUACAAUCAUCGACCAAAAGACGAGAAGAUGUCUGGAAAAGAGAGGAUCGACAUAUUCCCCUCCAGAAUGGCUCAGACCAUCAUGAAGGCUCGUCUAAAAGGGGCACAGACCGGCCGCAACCUGCUGAAGAAGAAAUCUGACGCCCUCUCCAUGCGCUUUCGUCUGAUCCUCCGCAAAAUUAUUGAAACUAAAACUAAGAUGGGAGAGGUGAUGAGAGAGGCCGCUUUCUCUCUGGCUGAAGCCAAAUUUGCAGCUGGAGACUUCAGCACAACUGUAAUCCAGAACGUCAACAAAGCUCAAGUAAAGGUCCGAGCCAAGAAAGACAACGUGGCAGGUGUGACACUUCCAGUUUUUGAGCACUACCAGGAAGGCGGUGACAGUUAUGAGCUGACUGGUCUGGCUAGAGGAGGAGAGCAGCUCUCUAGGUUGAAGAGGAACUACGCCAGGGCUGUGGAGCUGCUGGUGGAGUUGGCCUCCUUACAGACAUCUUUUGUCACUCUGGAUGAAGCCAUAAAGAUUACGAACCGCCGUGUGAACGCCAUUGAACAUGUGAUUAUUCCCCGGAUUGAUCGCACCCUCACCUACAUCAUCACAGAGCUGGAUGAGAGAGAACGAGAGGAGUUCUACCGGCUGAAGAAAAUCCAGGAGAAGAAGAAGCAACUCAGGGAAAGAACCGAACUGGAGAUUGCGGCGCGUCUGGCAAAGCUGGGUCCCAUCGCGGAGCCCUCCAACAUGCUGACGGAGGAGACGGAUGAAGACCUGCUGUUCGAGUGAAGAAUUUCCUCAUCAUCAUAUUUAUUGUGUGCCUCUGAGGCCAUGUUGUUUUUUCUCACUGAAGUGAUGAAAGUUAUUUUUUGUGUACUCGUCUGUGAUUUUUGUUCAGUUGUUUUCGUGCUGGAGGGUCAUGUGUGUUUCGGCAUUCGUCUCUGUACAGAACCAAAGUGUUGUUAAGCUUUGCUGUUCACCCUCAAGGGAGUUCACUCACUAUAAUAAGAUAAUCUAAGUAAUAAUAUGUUUAUACAUGGCUUGUGAGUUAAAUUUAAGACGCAUUCCAUGUGAUGGAUCGACUUGUAGAUAUUUCACCUUCCUCACAAUAUUUAGAGCCAUUUACUGCAUGCUGUAAAGCUUCAAGUGGUUGUAAGAGUGAGUGAGUCUGUGUUGUUGAGGAUCAUCCAGCUGCUGACUUCAUAUCAUGGGGUUCUUACCUCAUUGAGGAUGUUUACCAUUAUAUCUGAAAACCCCACAUGUGACCCCCACUGUAAUACUUGUGUACAAGUCAACAAAGCCCAACACUUCAUAUAAAUAAAGAUGUUAUCAAUAUUCAA